AACAACAUAUAUAUAUUUUUCUACAAUAUUAAAGGGUAAGGAAAUGCAGGAGAACCUGUGCCAGGAAGUCAUAGCCCGCAAUGUGCCGCAGUUGGUGGAAUUGCUUUUGGGUUCCUCCAUCGAAGGCGGUGGAAAGGUCGAUGGCAAGGUGGACCGAGCCACCUUUGAGAGUUGUCAUAGGUAUGCCAUGAAUCACUUGCUGUUUCCUUAUCAAGAGGGGUCCUCCCCGGAGGCCGUGUGGACCGACAUGAACCACUUCAUGGAACGCUAUCGCAGCGAAAAGCUGGGAGAAUUCGGGGAAACCUUUAAGCAGCUGGCUAGUGUGGUGCUAAAUCAUCCGAUCUAUGCGAAUCACAAGGUUAAGAACCUUCAGUGGCGGAUAAUGGACUUUAUGCUCUGUGUAAACUACAGAGCUUUUCGUACGGUCCACCACAAUUUAGAGGAAAUGGAUAAGUAUCGAAAGAGUAUCCUGGAGGCCCUCACUCUGGCCAAAAAAGGUUCGGUGGUGGUUCGAAAUGAUGUGGAGCAGAAGGAUUCCGAAAUUAGUGAUGUAUCUGAUACACCUAAGGCUGAAGACAAUCUGUCUUCCAAUGAAGAAACCAACUCCAAUAGCCAGAGUCCCAGUUCCAAGGAGCAUAUCAACUCAGAUAGUGCUGAUAGUCCUCCAACAAAUAAAUCGCCGGACCCGGAACCCAUUGAAUCAUUGAACACCUCGGAGUACAGGCGCAUCCCCAGUAUCAAAAAAAAAUAUGUGCGCUUUGCUAUAGAACAAGCUAGGAAAUCAAAGGAGAAAAAAAUAUCACCCGUCCAGGAACCCAUUGAAUCAUUGGAAACCGUGGAGCACAGCUAUAUUACCGAUGAUAAGCCCCCAUCUAACCAGAUCUUUGUUAAGGAAAAGUUCGCCAUGAAAGAGGCCAAAAUGAUGUUGAAAUUGAAUCUUACUCUGGAUGAAUCAACGGCGGAGAGACCCACAAUGGUAAAGUACUUUAAGGAAUCGAAUGACCUAUUCUCCAGAAUUCGGACACCCUGGUGGCAUGUGGAUGUCCAUGUCUUCCAUCCGCCGGAAAUCUUGGCCAGCAAUUUUACCAAGGGUUACGGAGACUAUUUGAUCUAUCGUCUCAGGGUAAAUCGUCACUCGGUGCGAAAGAUAAGCGAGGAGCACCAGUUGUUGACAGAACUGAUUGUACUUUUCUUCAAAUCCGUAAAGAGUGCAGACCUCCAGAUGUUGGAUGAUAAGAUGGAGUUGCGGACGGAGGAGCCAAUCACUUUUGCACUCAAACAUGUACUAGAAGGUCCCCACUUGGGUCAGAUUAUCAGCUCCCUGAAGCAGAUGCGCCACCUCAGAAAGUUUGUAGAGAGCCAUGUUCUGAAAAUAAUGUCUAGUUUUGGCUUGGAGACUCUGCAUUUCUUCAGUGUUGCUCUGCGACGACUGCUUCGACCUGUAAUCGAGUUUCUGGUUUAUUUUGAGAAGCGUUUGAACAGUGGUAUUGAAAUACCUACCCUGCAUCACUUUAUAGAUACUUCAAGAUGUCAUUUAGAAAGGAUCCAGUUGCUGUAUGAUCUCUCAAAAGAAACUAUUGAAGAACAGGCAUCCAUGAGAGCCCUAAGAGUUAUAAACACGUUAUUCACAAACACUUCGAAGACUACUCAUCCCAAAAUGCUGCGAUCCUUGAGUGCAUCCUUACUUCUCCACUCCUUGGAAUCCUACUGUAAUUUUCUAGAUAGCUGGUGGUCUACAGGGGAUUUCGAGGACUGGCACGAGGAGUUUCCCUACCAAAGAAUCCUGAUCGAAGGACGAACGGAGUACACAUUGAGAAAGUUAUGUGUGCCAAUUGAGGAACUCCUAAGUAGUGGUUUGUUUUACAUCAUCCAGCGGCAUAUUUUUGGAUCCAGUGAAGCAGUUGCCAUACUAUUUGAUGGCCGGAAGAUAAGUGACUUUAACUCCUUGCAUGGAAUCACUUCGCAGACAUCUCUGCACGAUUCAUUAAUAUCUGGAGUUCUUGGGGAACUAGCUCCCUAUCAGAUAGAGAAAAUAGAGGAGUUGAACUAUGCGCCGGAUAUCCUACAGCAGUUAGAAUCCUCUGAGCUGGAUGCUGUACGUCGGCUGUUCUACUCCUUUCACAUGGAAACACGACCGGAUCCAAAAAGACCCGUCUCAUUUUCGAUUGAUGAGCUGGUAAGAAACUUCCAGGCCUGUGUUCACUAUACUCCCAUUUCGGAUAUCAUCUCACAGGAGUUGCAAAGAUUACUGCACCGUAGAUGUCUGUUGGCAAACUCUUAUAUUUCUGAUGUGGUGAAGUAUUUACAGAUGAAUAACAUUGUAAGACACAUUAGAACAGUUUAUCUCCUCAUAAACUAUGACCUCAUAUGGAGUGAGCUUGAGUUGUUUUUUGAGUUUCUCGAGAAAAAUCAAUUGAUAGAGGCCUCUAAUAAACUAAAAGAUAUAGUGGUUAACCAGGAUCCGCGGAUGGGGUACCUGUUUCAAGUCUCUUUACCCAAACAACAACCUGAAUUAAUCUCUCUCAUGGUCAGCCCUGAUCCCUUACUUAAUCGAGUGAUUAGCCAGGAGCAGUUCGAGCAGAUGAACAUCUGCUUUCAACUAAAGUUGAACCUGCAAUUGGCACUUUAUCAGUUAAAAAAGUUGCCUACCUUUAAUAACUCAAAGCCAGAGCGAUUGGUUAUUGCUCUUCGAUCACUCCAAAAUUCCCUAACUUUGGCACUUGAAGAGCAGCUUUUGAAAUUUGAUAAAAUUAACCAGAUUUUAAAGGACUUUUAUGUCAUUGAACCCGAAAUAAAUGAAUCUACCUUUUUGAUUGAGCUGAGAAUAAACCAGGAACUGUUUAUGUUUCGAUUAAAGGAAAGAAUGGCUGAAGAAUUUGGAGGAUUCCCAUACAAUUGCAGCUUGCAGGAGGUCCUUAGUCUGAGCGGAGUUUUCAGGUACCGAUGGCUUAGAGUUUGGGCCCUUAUAAAUGACUUUGGUAGGCAGAAGGCCAGAAACAUCUUUGAGAUGAAGUACGAUUGGUUGCGGAACAACUACCUGCAGUCCACUCUCAAAAAAUGCAAGGCAAUUGGUUGCGUUCUCAACCACAGAUGA